AUGGCGCGAACUUCUUUCCCCACGGCGCUCUCCAAGCUCUGCCCUUCCCUCCAAAUCCUCGUCGCCGGCCGCAACAGGGAAAAGGGUUCUGCUCUAGUGUCUACACUUGGUAGGAACUCUGAGUUUAUUGAAGUGAACAUUGACAACUCAAGCAUGUUGGAAGAAGCAAUGAGAGGAGUGGAUCUAGUAGUUCAUGCAGCUGGGCCUUUUCAACAGGGAGGGAGUUGCAGUGUGUUGGAAGCUGCGAUCAAUACUAAGACUGCAUAUUUGGAUGUUUGCGAUGAUACAAAUUAUGCACAGCGAGCAAGAUCUUUUCACGAAAAGGCUGUUUCUUCUGGAGUUCCAGCUAUAACGACUGGCGGGAUUUAUCCUGGAGUGAGCAAUGUCAUGGCGGCUGAGCUAGUUCGUAAAGUCAGAAGCGAAGAAAAUGCUGGUGAGCCAGAGAGACUAAGAUUCUACUAUUACACUGCAGGCUCUGGUGGUGCUGGCCCUACAAUACUGGCUACAAGUUUCUUGCUCCUCGGAGAGGAUGUUAUUGCUUAUAAUAAAGGAGAUGAAAUCAAGUUAAAGCCAUAUAGUGGAAUGCUCAACAUUGACUUCGGAAAGGGGGUUGGAAAGAGAGAUGUAUUCUUGUUGAACUUACCUGAAGUCAGAAGUGCUCAUGAGAUCUUAGGUGUGCCAACUGUAAGCGCUCGAUUUGGUACAUCCCCUUUUUUCUGGAAUUGGGGGAUGGAAGCUAUGGCAAAUUUUAUUCCUGCAGAGGUACUCAGAGAUAGAAGUAAAGUCCAACAAUUCGUAAAACUCUUUGACCCUCUUGUGCGAGCUGUCGAUGGCAUUGCAGGUGAACGAGUAUCAAUGAGGAUAGACUUGGAAUGUUCUAAUGGGAGAACUACUCUUGGUUUGUUUACUCAUAAAAAACUCUCAGAAUCAGUGGGAAUAUCAAUAGCUGCAUUUGCCAUGGCAAUUCUUGAGGGGAGCACGCAACCUGGAGUUUGGUUCCCAGAGGAGCCUGAGGGAAUUCCGAUUGAAGCAAGGGCUUUGCUUCUCGAACGAGCAUCACAAGGAACUACUAAUUUCAAAAUGCACAAGGCUCCAUGGAUGGUGGAGACUGAUCCAAAAGAGGUUGGCUUAGGAAUUUAUGUAUGAUUUGUGCAAGAGAAGUUCUCAUGGUAGCUGAAAUUUAAAAUUUGUUUCUGAGAUUUGCCAGUUACCAUUCAUUGUUUAACAGUGGGUGAACUGGUGAUGCGUAGCUCUAUUUUCCUGUAGGCAAGCUUAUAGAGAUCUUGUAACUUUUGACAAAGAUUACUUGUAAUUUAUAAUGACAUCAUUUCUUCUCUGUUACUACAAACUUUAGCUGUUACAUAUGAAUAUUGGCCUGAAUAAUACGGCAGAUUGAAGCU